AUGAGUUGUGCCACUGAACUUAUGCGAAACACAGAGCUAGUUCGCCAUGAAGUUUCUAUGGAUUCUUUUGAUUUGGGGUCUGACGAAUGGUAUAGAAAGCGCUCGUCUUCACACCUCUGGCCACAGGAUCUUCUCCUCCCGGCUCCUUUGUGCACCGAAAUAUCGAACUACUGGCAAGAUUGAAUGUCAGUUCCAUUUGAGAAACAACGGUAAACAAGACUAUUUAGUCCUUAAAUGGCGUACACCGCUGGAUGGACUGAGAUCAGAUUGUCUGACAGUCACUACCAAUGGCAAGAAGCUACAAUACGAUGGUAUUUACCCGAAGCGCUCCGCUCCAGGCCCUGAUCAAUACUUGCUCGUCAAAGCUGGACAAACGGUGUCAUCUACGUUCGAUGUUUCAGAUGCGUACGACAUGACUAAAGCCGGUCUCUACUCUAUAGCAGUGGACACUUACUUAGAAUAUGUAGCGGGUAGGUUAUCUGACGUGCGGUUUACCCAAACUGAGAUAGAACACUUAUCUUCCCCUGCUGUAAGUUACGAAGUUUCCAAAGGAAGCUUCAUUGAGGGAACCUUCAGCGAAAGAGCGCGCCCUCUCAAAAGAACAAAUCAAUAUUCCAUGAGAGGUUCUUCUUCGGAAGACGAGUCUUGUCCCAAACUGGAGCAUUUUGUGGGAGUGGCGCCCGAAGCCUUAAAAUUAGAAACAAAAAAAGCCUUCGAGGCUGCGGUCCAAAACAUGAAAUCAGCCAUUAAAUGUCUUAAAGAUAAUCCCGCAAAGGGAAAACCUUGGUUUGGUACAGCCACUGAGGACGCAAAAAUUCUGUUGAAGAAAACUGUUGCAAUAGUAGAUGACAACUGGCAUAAAACGUUUCAUUUUGGAGGGGAUGAAUGUUCAAACGAAACCCUGGCAUACAGUUUUCAUGGAGCUUGCACUUUUUACCUCUGUAAACUGUUCAGCGACCAGAAAACGGAAACUGGUUAUUACAGUAAAAUGGGCAUUAUAGUUCAUGAACUGACACACGCCAUAAGCAACACCACUGAUGACGAGCACGGCCCAAUAAGGGUACAAAAACUCGCCAAAGCCAGUCCUAAACGCGCUGCCUUAAAUGGUGCUAAUUUUGCGCAUUUUGUGGAAAGUUUAACCAUCAGUAAGUCAUGCAAAAGUUUCUGAUCACUUGGCAAGGUUUGGAUAUUGUUCGAAAGAGGUUCGAUAAUAGUCCAGAAUUAUAUGUAAGGCUGGGGAUUAAAUGAUUGAGCUUAGGUAACGAAAAGGGUUAAGUAGGCCGGCUUCCAUUUAGAUCAGUAUUUAAAACGAUGUAAGCCUUUUAAAAGGCGUUGCUCUGGAGAUAAGGGAAUAAAAGUUGUUGGCGUUUAAACGA